AUGGGGAACUUCAUGUGUGAUCAAAAACCACGGCAACCAGACCUCAGGAUGGUGCUUGUUGGAAAAACUGGAGUUGGGAAGAGUGCAACAGGAAACACCAUCCUAAAAAGGAAAGCUUUUGAAUCUAAGCUGUCUCCUUCCUCCCUAACAUCAGUUUGUAAGAAAGAAAUCGGAGAGUUUGAGGGUCAGACUCUGGCAGUGGUUGAUACUCCAGGUCUGUUUGACACCAGAAACCAGGAGGAGGUGAAAAGAGAGAUAGUUAGAUGCAUCUCAUAUGCUGCUCCUGGUCCUCAUGUGUUCCUGGUUGUGAUCCAACCAAAUAGAUUCACAGAAGAAGAACAAAAAACUGUCAAACUAAUUCAGACGGUGUUUGGAGAGAAGGCAGCAGUUUACACCAUGGUGCUGUUCACUCAUGGGGAUGACUUGGAGGAGGAAGAGGUCUCCAUAGAGGACUUCAUUCAUAGAAGUUCACCUCUCUGCGCUUUCGUCAAUCAGUGUAGGGGAGGUUAUCACGUCUUCAACAACAGAAACCGGGAACCAUUUCAUGUCCGAGAGCUGCUGAGGAAGAUCAACACAAUGGUUCAGAAAAAUGGAGGAAGCUUCUACACCAACGAUAUGUUACAAAAAGCCGAGGAAGCUAUAAGAGCAGAGACUGAGAGACUCAGAGUGGUGCUGGUGGGUCAGGAGAGAGUCGGGAAGAGCUCAGCAGGAAACACCAUCCUGGGGAGGAAGGAGCUGGACUGCCGGUUCAGCUCCGUCCCUGUGACCCUGAACCCUCAGAAGGUAGAAGGUGAUGUUGAAGGUCGCAGAGUUUCUUUGGUGGACACCCCGGGCCUCUUCAGCAGCCUCAUGCCUGCAGAGCAGGUGAAGAAGAAGCUGCUGGAAGCGCUGGAGCUGAGCUCUCCUGGUCCUCACGUCUUCCUGCUCACCCUGCAGCUGGGAAGGUUCACCCCCCAGGAGCAGAAAGGAAUGGAGGUGCUGCAGAAGAUGCUGGGUCCUGAUGUCUCCAAACACACCAUGCUGCUGUUCACCUACGGAGACCGACUGGAAGACACCGACAUGGAGCAGUUCAUCAGGGAGGACACCAACCUUCAGAAGCUGCUGAAGAGCUGCAGCGGCCAGUACCACGUGUUCAACAACAAGAAGAUGGAGGACAGGAAGCAGGUCCAGGAGCUGCUGGAUAAGAUCCAGGAGAUCUCACAGGAUGGCAGCCUGAUUUAUCAGAGAGAAGCUCAGUCUGGAAGCUGGUCCUUACCUUCAAUAUUCAGACGUUUUUGGUAGAAGAAACAGACGUGCUGAUAAAUGUUUACCUCAGAGGUUUUGCAACAUCUCUACAACCAGAAGGAAGUCCUCAAAUAUUUCACUAAAGGUUUCUCUGAUAAGGUGUCUGAAGAACUCUGAUGUUCCCUGUGAUCCACUUCUGAAGCUCAUGUGCUCUGAUGAAUACAAAUAAAUGAUAAAUGGCCUCCACUUAUAUAGAGCCUUUUCUAGUCAGGAGAUUUGACCAAAGCGCUUUACACCACAUUCUAUCGUUCCCUCACACACUGAUGGUGCUGAGCUUUAUUGUAAUUUUCUAUACACAGAGUGUAUACAAAACUAAAUUACAUUGCUUCCAAUAGUGAAAUGAGCAUUACCAUUAUAAAGUGUGGCAGUGAUCAGGAUGUAAACAGUGUAGCA